AUGUUAGCUUCUGCAGGUCAGUACUAUUUAAAUCAUAGUACUACGGGCACUGUAGUGCUCAUCCCCACCAUGUUAUUCCUCCCAGAUGAAUACUCGUCAAACAUCGGGACUAUUCACAUGAUAGUACUCUGGGAAUAUCAACACUUGAAGCUAAGUUCUUCUGACAAAGCCGUAAUUUAA